CACCACUCUGGUUGCCAUUUACUAACUGCCUUUUGCUACUGUAACUGGUGCCAGUCCUGAGUGACCCCGUGUCGAUUUUUUUCAUCUAUCUUCUCUUUGAAAGAUUCCACCCGUGCUCUGAUUCUUCUUGUUUUCUCUCGUUGGUCCCUCCUUGUCGUGCGUCCAGCUUGUCAUAGAAAUACCCCGCGGCUCCCCUCUUUUUAUUUGGGAUCCAAGCAGCCUUUUUCCACAACACACAAAUUCCACUCUACUGGUCUUCAUCAAAUCCUCUGGCUCAAUAUGGCCUCCGACGAACAGCCUGCUGGCGGCUCUCUCGCUGACCGGAUUUCUAAGCCCGAAGAACCUCAGCCUGCAGAGUCCACCGAAGCGCCCAAAAAGAUCGAACAAAGCGAUGGUGCGCCCGCCGCUUUGAACGGCUCCGACCUUCAGGAACCGGAAUACAACGUUGAAGUCAAGCUCAGCGAUCUUCAAGCCGACCCCAGCAACCCUCUCUAUUCGGUCAAGAACUUUGAGGACCUUGGCCUCGACCCUCGUAUUUUGAAAGGACUGUCGGCUAUGAACUUCCGCAAGCCCUCCAAGAUCCAGGAAAGAGCUCUCCCUCUCUUACUCGGCAACCCCGCAAAGAACCUCGUCGGUCAGUCCCAGUCGGGAACUGGAAAGACUGCUGCCUUUACUCUCAAUGUUCUCAGCCGCAUCGAUCUCUCGACCGAGCAAAUGCAGAAGACCCCCCAGGCACUGAUUUUGGCCCCUACGCGCGAGUUGGCGCGUCAGAUUGUCGGUGUUAUUCAGGUCAUGGGUCAAUUUCUUGAGAAUCUGACCAUUGGUACUGCUGUGCCUGCGGAUACCAAUGCGCGCCCAGCCAAAUUAGAGUGCUCGGUUGUUGUUGGUACACCCGGAACGGUUAUGGAUAUGAUCAAGCGCCGCACUAUGGCGGCCAACAAGCUCAAGGUGCUCGUCCUGGAUGAGGCAGAUAACAUGCUGGACCAGCAGGGUCUCGGCGAUCAGUGCAUUCGUGUGAAGGCUCUGCUGCCCAGAGACAUUCAGGUCGUCCUCUUCUCGGCCACCUUCCCCACACACGUUCACGAAUAUGCCUCCAAGUUCGCUCCGAAUGCGAACGAGAUCACUCUUCAGCACGAAGAAUUGACCGUUGAAGGUAUCAAGCAAUUGUAUCUGGACUGUUCCAGUGAGGAGGAGAAGUACCAAAAUCUUGUCCAGCUUUACGGCCUUCUUACUGUUGGCUCUUCCAUCAUCUUCGUCAGGACCCGUGCCUCUGCCGUGGAGAUUGAAAAGCGCAUGGUCGCUGAAGGUCACACCGUUGCCUCCCUGACUGGUGGUAUCGAAGGUUCUCAGCGUGAUGCCGUGAUCGACGAGUUCCGCGCUGGACAGGCUAAGGUCCUGAUCACCACCAAUGUCUUGGCGAGAGGUAUCGAUGUUUCGACCGUCUCCAUGGUCAUCAACUACGAUAUUCCCGAGAUCCAUCAAAGCAACCCUCGUGCUCCACGCCAAGCGGAUUUCCAGACUUAUCUGCACCGUAUCGGUCGUACUGGUCGGUUUGGUCGUGUUGGUGUUUCGAUUUCGUUCAUCUCCAACCGUGAGGAGUGGGAGAUGCUCAACCAGAUUCAGAAAUACUUCAACACCAGCAUCCAGCGGAUUGACACCAAGGACUGGGACGAAGUGGAGGAAAUUAUCAAAAAGACUCUUAAGAACACCCGUGCUCAAGCCGCCUUCCGGUAAUUGCACUGUUCCUUGUUUGAUGUCAUCGCUCGAUCGCGGUGAGUUGCUAGUCGGUUGGAGCAAUUUGGUUUAAAGCCGGGGUAGCAGUAUGGGAAGCGCAUGAAUUUUAUGAAUAUUUCCAUGAUGGCUGAAAUUGCACACCACACAUAUUAAUAGAUACCAGGUCAUAUUUGCGUUGCUGAAAGGAAAAAAAG